AUGGCUUUCUGUUUCAGUGAAGAAUUCAAUCGAAAAGGUGAAAAGUACGUUUAUGGUCUACAUUUUCAUUUUACUGACUAUUGUGAGCGCUUAGCUGAAGGUCUUUAAAUUUAAAUUUUUCAGACUUACACAGCGAAAAUUCGACUUUUGCAAGACUUUUCUUUGUGCCGGGUUUUACAGAAACCCAAAAGAACUUUCGCUGCACCAUAAAGGCAAGGUAGUGUUGCAUCUUGUAAAUGACACUUGCUACAAGAGAUCCAACAGCACAUAUGUAAAAGCAUAUGGAAACCUUGAAAAAGGUCUUGUCAAAGCUAAAGAACACGUCGAACCAUUGCUUUAUAUCUUGCCUAGCUUAAACACUACAAGUGUGUUUAAUCAAUGGAUUGUAACAGUGUUUGGACAGCAAGUUUUAAAUUGUUUGUGCGCAAUAUUUUAAAAUUUUUACAUUUGUAGCCCUAACGUGAAAAUUCCGUGUUUUAAAAACAAAGAAAAUGGAGUAAAUAUUCUCAUGCAGUAUGGCAUUGCGAUGAAUUAUCUGAUGGCGAAGGUGUUCCAUAGACCGUACGUUUGUUGAAUUUUCAAAAAGUAUUAUAAUGGCUAAACAAUACUAUAAUGGCUAAUCUAUUAGCUAAAACUACACUCUCUUAAAACUAAACUCUUUUUUUAAAUUUGAAAACUAACUUUUCAGUAUUCACUACACAAACGUGGAGGAAAGACUGAACCCAGACUUGUUCACUGACAAAGGCUGUGAACCAUGGAAUGUUAUUACUAAAUGCGACUAUUAUGAUGAUGAAUGA